AUGGCGGAAGAACACGUUGAUGAGGAGUUUAGUUUGAAAGAUGCUGGUAUACUCCUUCCGUACGUCCGAAACGAGGGCAACAUGAAUGUGUGCUAUGCAUAUACCACUGGAGAAGCCAUAGCGGCUUUAUUUGCUAAAGAUAAAAAUCAGCCACCGGUGGAACUUUCCAUACAACAGAUUGCUGAUUUUCUGCCAAAGGAUUUUGAUUAUAAAAAUAGACGCAACAGAAGAGAUGAAGUAGGGUGUUACUUUGGUUCACAUAUUCAUGCUCUUGAAUAUGCAUGCAACGAUGUAUAUAUGGGACCCAUUGCAGGUGAUAUAGACCAAAAUGCAGCAUAUUCAAUACUAGUAAUUGGAUAUGGAGUUAAGAAUGGGACAAAAUAUUUCCUAAUUAAAAACUCACAUGGUGAUGAAUGGGGUGAUGAUGG